AUGUCUCAAUCCGGAGCCACCGUGUCCCAGGACUGCAUCACCGCCUUCAACGAGCUGAAGCUUAACAAGAAGUACAAGUACAUCAUCUACAAGCUGUCAGACGACUUCAAGGAGAUUGUGGUCGAGGAGGCUUCCGACGACAAGGAAUGGGACAGCUUCCGUGAGAAGCUCAUCAACGCCACCACAAAGAACAAGAACGGUGCCAUGGGCAAGGGCCCCCGUUACGCCAUCUACGACUUUGAGUACAGCCUUGCCUCAGGCGACGGUAUUCGCAACAAGAUCACCUUCCUGGCCUGGUCCCCGGAUGAUGCCGGCAUCCAGCCCAAGAUGAUCUACGCCUCCUCCAAGGAGGCUCUCAAGCGCUCCCUGACUGGUAUCGCCGUCGAGCUUCAGGCCAACGACUCAGACGACAUUGAGUACGAUUCGAUCCUGAAGACUGUCAGCAAGGGUCUUGCCGCUUAA